AGUAAAUCUGUCAUUUUCAAGUAAAUUUGAAGGGACUAAAAUGGGGAAAUUGAUGCCUCUGUUCCACCCACUCUCCAAGUUUUGUCGUCCGAUUUACAUCCUCCCUCUCUCUCUCUCUCUCUCUCGCUCGCUAACUAAAUAUCUAAGUGUACAGAGACACACAAAGGGACACGAAUACCGUCAAAGCUUUCAUCCGUGAGUAUGGCAGGAAAGCUUAUGAAAGCGGUUCAAUACUUUAGCUAUGGGGGAGGAGCUGCUGGUUUGAAGCAUGUUGAGGUUCCAGUUCCCACUCCAGAAAAGGAUGAGCUCUUGCUAAAAGUGGAAGCAACUAGUCUAAAUGCAGUGGAUUGGAAAAUUCAGAAAGGCAUAAUGCGGCCUUUCUUACCUCGCAAGUUCCCUUACAUACCUGGUCUGGAUGUGGCAGGAGAGGUCGUAGAGGUGGGAGCAGGGGUCAAAAGUUUCAAAGCUGGGGACAAAGUCGUAGCUACGCUUUCCUUUUCUUAUGGAGGUGGACUAGCUGAGUUUGCUGUGGCUAAGGAGAGGCUGACAGUUUCUAGGCCACCCGAAGUUUCAGCAGCUGAUGGUGCUGGCUUACCUAUAGCUGGUAUAACAGCUCUCCAGCUUCUAACCCAAUCUGCUGGGAUCAAGCUUGACAGAAGUGGCCAACAGGUAAACAUUCUAGUCACUGCCGCCUCAAGUGGUGUGGGUCACUAUGCGGUUCAGUUGGCAAAGCUUGCAAACACACAUGUAACUGCCACUUGUGGGGCCCGCAACCUUGACUUUGUCAAGCACUUAGGGGCUGAUGAGGUUCUCGACUACAAGACCCCAGAUGGGGCAGCUCUGAAGAGCCCAUCUGGUCGAAAGUACGAUUUUGUGAUCCACUGUGCAACAGGCAUUCCUUGGUCAACUUUUGAUCCCAAUCUGAGUCCAAAUGGAAAGGUCUUUGAUAUAACUCCCAGCUCUAGUGGUCUACUGACUUUUGCUCUAAAGAAAGUCACCUUCUCCAAGAAGCAGCUUUUGCCGGUAUUUUCAAAACUCAAUGCUGAGAGCCUGGAUGAUCUUGUUAAGUUAGUGAAGGAAGGUAAACUUAAGACUGCAAUUGACUCAAGGCAUUCCCUGAGCAAGGCUGAAGAUGCGUGGGCUAAGUGCGUUGAUUGCCAUGCUACUGGGAAGAUCAUUGUGGAGCCUUGAGAGUGGAUAUAAUAUCCUGAGAGUUGUUAGAUCUUAUACGUAGUUGAUAGGGUUGUGUAUCGAUAAAUAAAACCAUGUAUAUGUAGUUGAAUGGGGUGUUUGGCCUGAUAUUGUCAAACAUAAAUGUAAUGCAGAUUGCCGAGUGUUUGCAGCUGCAAUAUAGAAUACGCUGCAUUGAUUGAAA